UGUUCUGGAUCGUCAGCCUACUCAAAUCGUGAAUCAUCCUUCCCGCCCUGCGAAGUUAGAAAACCCCUCAUAAUUCCGAUCUGCAAAAAACUCGCAAUUUUGUAUCAGAUUUCGUUGCGAAUGGAACUGGUUCAUUUCAUUUGUGGACGUUGUGUCCUUUGAACGAAGAGGGAAAACCUUCACUUUGUCAUAGCAUGGAUGCCAAGGACAUUCUCGGCUUGCCUAAAACCCCUUUCUCUGUUUCUCAGGAGAAGAGACCUCGUCCGCAGAAGGAUUCUCAGAGAAAACCUGAUGGCAUUUCACGAGAGGUUUAUGCGCUUACAGGUGGUUUGGCGCCCCUCAUGCCUUCGAUCGAUAUCUCUCACUUGAAACGGCGCUCUCACUCGGACAAAGAAAAGAUCACUUGGAGGUGGCUUCCUUUCACAUCUUCAGCUCGAACAGAUAACUUGCAGCUUUAUCAUUGGGUCAGAGUUGUAAAUGAUGUUCCACCAACCGGCGACUAUUCUUUUGCCAAGUAUAACAAGGCUGUCGACAUUGUCAAAUACAGUGAUGAAGAAUAUGACAAGCAUUUGACUGAUCCUAUGUGGUCGAAAGCAGAAACAGAUCAACUAUUUGACUUGUGUGAAAGGUUUGAUCUACGUUUCGUUGUUAUAGCUGACAGGUUCCCUUCGUCUCGAACUGUGGAAGAGUUGAAGGAUCGUUAUUAUACUGUAUCUCGAGAAAUUUUAAUUGCUAGAGCUUCUUCUACUGCUGAUGUUUCUGGACACCCUCUUGUUAAGGAACCAUACAAUGUUGCACAAGAAAUUGAGCGCAAGCGUGCGCUGUCAAUGGUUCUUUCUCAAACAAAGCAGCAAGAACGGAAGGACGCUGAGAUUCUUGCUGAAGCAAAGAGAAUAACUGAGUCACGCAUGCUUGAAAAGGACUCUGAAGAAGUUGAGUUGCAUGUGAUGUCCACUGUUGGUGCAGAAAAUUCAGAAAAGGCUAUUAUCGAUGUUGAAUCUGUGUCACCAUCUUCCAACAAUCAACUUCCAACUGCAGCUAUUGCACCUCCAACAGCCACUGAUUCUACUCCAGCUUCUCUUCGCAUGCUUCGUGUAUUCUUGAGAACCAAUGUGCUUGAUCAACUGGUUCAAGCUGCAAGCUCUUCUGCUGGACUUCGAACUAUCAAGAGGGUUGAGCAGACUUUACAAGAUCUUGGGGUUAAUGUAAAACCAAAAAUUCCAACAAAAGCUGUGUGCGCAGAGCAUCUUGAGUUAAGGAAAGAAAUACUGACUCUCCUUAAUCUCCAGAAACAGUUGCAAAAUAAAGAGGCAGAGGCUUCAGCACUCCGUGAGAAUUCAUACACUGAAAUACCAAGCACUCCCAAGCGUGCACAUCGUGGUCUGGAUCAGGAUCGGCCAUUCAUUCCUGACCCUCUUAGUUUUGGAGGGGAAAGAGUUGGCAAGCGUGACAACAAGCGCAAGGCUCCUGGAAGAUUUUCAGAAGCACCACCAUCGCCGCCUCAAUCUAAGAGGCCUCGGAAGUUCAAGACUUCUGAUGGAUAAUUUAGAGGUUUGGUAAAGCCUCUUUAAUUCUGUUUUGAUGGAUAAGCGGCUGAACUGAUCCUUGUGCUCCAAUGAAAUGGCAGAAUGUAGAAGAAGAUACCUAUUACACAAGUGUCGAUGUUUUAGUGCUUGGUUGUAGAGUAGUCAAUGUGAGUAUACACUUUGUUAGGAGCAUGAGAGCAGCCUUCGUUUUGAUUUUGCAACAAAGCAUCUAAUCUUUCUUGGUAUAUGUGC